GUUCCAGCGACCGAUGUUAAUGCUAGUCAUCUGGGAGAAGAGACGGCUGAAAUUAAUCAUCAUGGUGUUCUGGUCUGAAAGGACAAGAUGAGGAAAGACAAGAUCUAAGAAGACGUCACUGGAUGUACAAGGUUUCGAAAAUGGAAGGAGAGUCGUCCUACAACAAAGCGGAGGUGGUUUACGUUUCUCAUGUAGAAGAUGCUGUGACGUUCUGGGGGCAGGCAGUACACAGAAUUCAUGACAUUUCAGAAAUAAGUGAAUCUUUGGCAAAGUUUUGCCCAACUAUGAACACUGUCUUUGGAGUUCCUGAUCUUGACAAGGUUUAUGGUGGUUUGUUUUCAGCAGAUAAAUGCUGGUACAGAUGUAAACUUCUGCAUGUGGUUAGUGAUGAGCAGUGUGCAGUCUGUUAUAUUGACUAUGGAAAUUCAGAAGUUUUAGCUAGAUCCAGCAUUGUUGAACUUCCUGAGGAAUUACAGUCGCCACCUAUUGCUCAAAAACAUCGAUUAUGGGGGCUUCAGCUUCAGUCAGCUUCAGAUGUUGAACAGGGCUUAAAAUUUCUGUCCCAGUUGAUAAGCGACAAGCAGGUGUCUGUGCAGCAAAAGGCGGUUUACAAGGAUGGCACUGUUGUUGUCCAGGUGUCACAUAAUGAUCUUGACAUAGGAGAAGAAGUUGCUAAAAAGGGCUUUGCUGUGAGAUCUCGACUAAUUAGCUCUCCAAACAGUGCUUUGGGAACAGUGGAUGCCCCAGCACACGAGAUAAAGCUACGAUUCCCAUGGCAAGUACGGAAUGUGGAAAGGCUUCCGAUACGCGAGCCAAAAUCUUUACCUGUCUUGAUCGCUAGUUCUCUAUCUAGUUCUCUAUCUCUAUCAAGAUUUCUGGGACUGUGGAUAACGGUCAUCCCUUACCUCAACGACAUUUUAAUAAAAGCACCCAAGCAGUUGGCCAGCUCGGAGAGCACCCAAAUUGUGUUACACACUAUAGCCCGCUUCGGUUGGAUUGUCAACCACAAGAAGUCAUCUCUCCGUCCGUCCCCCUCAAUCACCUUUCUGGGGAUUCUGUUGGACACAGAAGCAGCGAAGGUCUUUCUUCUUCUGGAGAAACAUCGGGCCCUUCUUCCUUGCCACCCCGUUCCAUUCCGCAAAUGUAUACAAACUCUAGGUCUCAUGGUGGUUUCAGUGGAGGCAGUACUGUUCACACCGUUCUACAUUCGUUCUCUCCAGCAGGCGAUUCUUCGAACUUGGGACAAAACUGCGUCCUCCCUGAAUCGCCCCAUGCUUCUCUCGGCGACAGUUCGCCAGUCCCUCCACUGGUGGCUCCAUCCUUCCUACCUGUCCAGGGGCAAAUCCUCUCUUCCUCUCAAUUGGUUGGUUCUUACCACAGAUGCAAGACUAAGCAGCUGGGGAGGAGUGUUCCUGAAUCACAUUGUUCAGGGCCAGUGGUUCCCCCUGGAGGCGAAGCUCCCCAUCAACAUCCUGGAACUUCAUGUCUUUGACCUAAAGUCAGACAUCUCAUUAGGCUCUUGUGACGACGUGUCUGAUAUCGACAAUAUCCUGGAAAAGGUUGAUACAAGCGUAUCCAAGGAGUUGGAAAUUUCUCUUGUGGAACCGGGGGAAGACGACCGUAACAUAAUUACAAAUGCUUAUAACAGAGUUGUAAAGCUGAUCUAUGAAGAGACGUGCCUCAUCUCUGCCUUGAAGGCCAAAUAUCAGGCUAGUGUUGAAUUCAAAAAGAACAUGUCUGAAUGGAUAAAUAAAAACCCAAAUGUGGAUGACUUACUAACAGUCAAGAAGAGUAUUAAGGUUUUGAAGGCAGAGCUGAGGUGGAAACUGCAUGUCAGCAGCAGCAUGGAAGAGUCUGAUGAAUACAAUGCAACAGCGCACACUGAAGUGAAACAUGAAAUUGAAACCAUAAGGAGCAAGAUAUUCUCUGAGAUACAGCGUGAACAAGAAGAAUAUGCAUUAUUAAGCAAUUUGGCCCAGAAGUGGUUUCCUGAACUACCGCUAAUCUACUCUGACGUAGGAAUAACCAACUACAUGCAUUCAGGAGGUCUUCUAUCGGGUAGUAUGGAGCGGGUGCUGUUUGAUGCUGAACCACUGAAGGAACUUAGCAGCAAACGCCCACUGGUAUGCACACAAAUCCAGAACCAAAAAGUUUUACUCAAGGGCUAUUCUGUAGGUGUGGAUACAGAAGAACAAGUAAUUGUGAGGGCGUCAAAAUAUCACAAAGCUUGGUUACAACAGAAAGAGGAAUCUGGGAUUAUGCAACUUCUUUACUUGUUUUUUUGCAAGUUUGAUCCGGUGGUAUACCUGAUGGUUCCCUUUUAUCCUGGCGAAAACUUGGGCUGUAUUCAAGCCAGCAAUAAAUUGAGUUCACACGAGAUUGUGAGAGUGAUGAGAGGGGUUGCACUUGGCUUGCAUACACUACAUGCCUCCAACAUCGUUCUUGGCUCUCUACAUGAAAAUAAUGUAUUUGCUGUAAAUCGCGAGAGGGGCAUAGUUGGAGACAUUGACUUCACAAGAGAUGCAGAGCAGCGGAGUUCAGCCACCUCUAUUUGCUUCCCUAUGUUUACGGCUCCUGAAAUAAAAUUGGGGCAACCAGCUUCAGCUUCCUCUGAUGUGUAUGCCUACGGAGUCCUUUUAUUAUGGCUUUGCACAGGGAGCAAGAAUGUUGCUCAUAAUUCUAAUGGAACUCCUGAUCUUAAGAAACUGGACUUGGUACAGAGCCUCUCUAAGAGUAAUAUCUGCUACCCACUUCAAGGAUCGUUUCCUCAGGCAUCAUAUAACAAGAUACACGGUGGAGUCACAUCAUUACGACCACCAGCUGAUAUCCAGAGUAACUGCUGUGUGCAGCAUGGACUGCAGCUAGACAGACUAGGAGUGACUGGAGGAUUCAUAGAGUGA